GAAUCGUUGUAUUUAUUUUUAUCUUAUUCAGCCUUCCAUGGAGCCUUCAGCUCAGCCAACCAGCUGUAGAGUUGAGUCUCCGCAGCCAAUCAGUGUUAAGCCCUCCAUAAGUCAGCCUAUCAGCAACAAGCCCGCCCUCCCUAAGAAACCAGACGUACAAGGAGACAGUGGAGGGAAAAACAAGCGCAUGACAGAUCCAGCUGCAGCUCGGGGUGUUUCUGCUGGCUCUGAGUCUCCCAGCUGGAUUUCGCUGGCCAAACAGAAACAGAAGAUCUACAAAGACAACUCCCUCGAUGAGGUCUCUGUCAGGAAGGAGGAACCGGAGAGGAAGAGUUCCCUGCCAAUGAAUGUCAGCUCAGCGGCAAGUAACAAAACAGUGAGUGCGUUGGAGAUCGGUAAGUCUGCAGCGUCAGCAGAGAAGGAGUCCAGGAGGACUCUCUCUCCUCCCACUCCGGUCCCCCCUCAGCCUCCUAAACCCCAGUCCCUCCCCUGCCCCGUCCCUCCAAAGCCCCAGCUCCCCCCUGCCACCGCCAAACCUGCCCCCCAACUUCACUCCCCCCAAAGAUCGCUGUCCCCCUCUACUCCCACUCCUGUUCCCCAAAAAGCUCCUUCUUGCACAUCCCCCUCAAAACCUUCCCCCACAUCCAAGUCACUUACUUCCCCUCCUUUUUCAACAAAAAUCCCGGAAAAAUCCAAAGCUUCGGGGCUCCCCGGCCAGACCCCUGCCUCCCAGCGGGGCCAGCCCCCCCCUACCCUGCCCCAGGAUGAGCCACCCUGGAUGGCGCUGGCCAAGAAGAAAGCCAAAGCCUGGAGCGAGAUGCCCCAGAUCGUCCAGUGAUGGAAAGAGAUAUGGCUCCAUCAAAGAGUCUGGAUGGACAUUUGCACACAGUUGUUGUUUUCUUACUUUCUGGUUUCUGAUUGGUGCAAACCCUCCAAUCAGUGCUGAAGAGAGGCUCAGUGUAACUCCUUCUUCCUUAAUGUUGCACAUUCAUGUUUCUAAAUGACAGACCAAUGCAUCUUACUUGACGUGGAUACAUGUUUUUCCCAACAGUCUAAGUAUGUUAAAAUGUGCCUAAAGGAAUGAAUGCAGCAGAUAUGUACAAAUAUGAACUUUUAUCCAAAAUAACUCGCAUCAUUUCACUUAAUAGUUCAGGGAUGACAACAUUAUUUUAUAAAGAGGAUACUUUUUCCACAGAGAGUGAUGAUAAAGAGGUGUGUGUGUGUGUGUGUGUGUGUGUGUGUGUGUGUGUGUGUGUGUGUGUGUGUGUGUGUGUGUGUGUGUGUGUGUGUGUGUAAUUUAAGGCAGUGAUAUAUUCUCACAUUGAGGAAUGUGGAAAAUAUUGUGACCAGAGCGUAAAAUGGGAUAACAUGCAAGCUAAGCUGGGGAAGAAUUUGUACAGGUCACAAGUUUCGGUCAAAUUUGCUGAGUCAAGAUUCCUCAAUCUGCAUCAGGUUAUCCACUGACACUCAGCUGCUGUCUGUUGUGUUGCAUGUGCUGAGUGUGUCAACAUGACGCAGGUGGUUUAUUGUAAAUUGUAUUUUAAAUGUUCUCUUUUUGAUAUUUGGAAUACGUAACUCUCACAGUGUCUGUCGGCAUCAUACAGAAAUCUACAAAAGAGUAAUCGGAUCAGGAAUCAAGAAAAAAUGAUCAUAUUGUUUUUCACGUUUUUAAUACUUUUGUGUACAUCAUGUUGGCAGCGUGUUGUGAGUGCUUAUGAAACAUUUUCCAAUAAUAAAUCAAAAACUUGUAAAUGAACAGAAAACAUUACACUGCGGAUUAAUGAUAACUAAAGGAGUACAAAUCUAAAUAUCUCACAGUGACUAUAUAUGUUUAUUGCAUUUUGUUUUAUUUCAUAUUGCCUUUGGAGAAUUUGUCUUGUACAUAAAAUGUGCAGUAAAGAACAAAUGAAAUCAGUGUUUCUGCUUGUCAUGUUUCUGUGGAGUUUUAAAGGAAAUGUGUUUUUCUAACGGCAACUCAGUCCAUCCGUCUGAGUUGAAAUGUAAUAGUUACAAACCACUGUAUCGAACACUCAAAAGAAAGCAUGCAUGUAUUUUGUGUCUCUAAUUAAAGCAUUUUUAUUUUUUAA